AUGUCCGUAUUGCCCCCACCUCCUCUUCAUACGGAUGCCAAGUUUGUGGUUCUUUCCGACUGGGAUGGAACGAUCACGGAUAAGGAUUCGAACGAUUUCAUGACCGACAAUCUUGGUAUGGGACGUGAGAAGAGACGCGAACUCAACGGUCGUAUCCUGGAUGGAUCAAUGACAUAUCGUGACGCUUUCGCCGCAAUGCUGAACUCUGUUCACACGCCAUAUGACGAAUGCAAGGAGAUUUUGAAAAAGAAUAUCGGUCUCGACCCAGGAUUUCAAGAAUUUUACCAUUGGUGCAAAUCCAACGGUAUACCCGUUAUCAUAGUUUCAUCUGGAAUGGCACCUAUCAUCCGUGCUGUUUUAUCGAACCUUUUCCCAGAGGCAGAAGCCGAUUCCAUCGACAUUAUCGCAAACGAUGUCAAAUAUCUCGAUCCUGAAGGUAAAGAUUGGGAGAUAGUAUAUCGACAUCCUGAAUCCGGAUUCGGACAUGAUAAAUCAAAAGCUAUUCUGCCUUACAGGGAUUUACCAAGUAAACCUACUUUGUUCUUUUGUGGAGAUGGAGUUUCGGAUAUGUCCGCUGCCAAACAUGCCGAUUUACUAUUCACCAAAAUCAUGCCUAAUGGCGAUUCCGACCUUUUGGCUUAUUGCAAGAAAGAAGGUAUCCCAAACGUACCAUUUACCGAUUUUCAUAAAGUUCUCGAACGUGUAAAGGAAGUUGUGGGAGGGAAAAGUGUUGAAAGUGUUUUGAAAGAAGAAGGCAAUUGA